AUGGCUCUUCCAAUGCUCGUUAAUGGUGCGGAUUGCGGGCCCGUCAAUCCAUUGCAGGGUCUCGCGAAGCGAUUCGAUCAGGACAGAGGAAUUCAGCAGGACCAAUUCGUUGCGGGACGUGCUGGUCCGUCACGAGAGGUGUUCCGCACGGCUCAGCAAGCCAAUCCUGUCCUUGAGCAAGAAACAGCUCGUUUCUUUUCGGGAGAUGGUUUGAAAAAUGGGAUUACGUCUCCUGUCCCUGCACCGAAUGCAUUCGAUGUUUCCCUGUUGCACAAGUCCCUACCUAUCGUCCAUACCCCACCUAGCCAUACACCUUCGCCUCAAAUACAAGCUCCAGAUGCUUCUCACCAGGCCAAAGGAGCAACUUGGGCAGUGGACUUCCUGCAGCAGGCUCGGGCUAGGAGCACUGAUGUCGUUGCAAGCGGGAAGGUUUCGCCUGUCUCACAAGUCGAAGUGGCGAAUAGACCAGUGACAAUGAGUCCCGGUCCUGCAGGUCUCGGAAUGCAGUGGGCAGCCCCGAUGCGCAUGAUGUCUGGACCUCAAUUCAUCCCCCAAAGCGUUAGCUCACCGUCUCAGCUUCAGUCAAACGUUUCAGCUGCUUCAUGGGACAAGGAAUUUCAGAGUCACCAAGCAGCAUUGCUCUCGGAUCUGACAUUGCAACAACGCGAGCCACUUACGGGCGAUCAUCAAGAUCCGGCUCAAAUUCGCGGUGACGCGGAUGAUCUCGCUCGUACUGCUGCUUUGAUUGUGGAAACAGUCCAAGGUGAACAGAACCCGAAGUUUAAGAACUCUGAGUUCAUGCGCCUGAUGCGUGGAUUGAGGGAUGGUGAUAUUGUGGUAAAUGGAGAUGACAUGGUAGAGAAAGACGAGGUGAGAAGUGAGAACAAUAUCGAUGUUAAGGGAAAGGGGAAGGAGAGGGCUAUGGCACACUCUGGCCCCGCCGUUGUUGAUCCAAACACAUCUUCCAACUACCUGCAACGCAACGCCGCUCAUGUACAUGGCCAGGCUUUAUCUCAGAGACCCGAAGACCAAAAAUCGGCAGGGCCUCGCAACGAAGAUCCGAAUGAAGCUUACUUCCGCCAGGAAAACGAGGACUACAUCGAUUAUUGGAGCGGUAUGGCAUCUCGUGCCGCUCAACAGCGCGAAGCUGCCUCCCUUUCCGGCCAAGAAGCUGAAUGGGGAGCAUUGCAAGACAGCUGGGAUUCAUUCGAGGCAACAACGUGGGGCGUGAAACCAACCGUUCAUUACCAGUUUCAGCCUCAUAAUCCCUAUUUGAAUGUGGAGGGCACUCAACAGACUAUGCAUCAUGUUAUGCACACGCAGCGUUCGAUAUAUGAAAGUGUUCUUGAGCUGGAAGCUCAGGUACAGCGAGAUCCAACGAAUGCUCGCGCAUGGUACGAUCUAGGUGUGAAGCAACAAGAGAACGAGCGUGAGCCAAAAGCAAUCCUCGCUCUUAGUCGAUCUCUCGAGCUCGAUCCAACACAUCUCCCCUCCUGGCUCGCAUUAGCAAUAUCCUACACAAAUGAAGGUGACCGAAUAGCAGCGGACGAUACAAUAUUGGAAUGGGUCAGACGUAAUCCACGUUAUGAAGUUAUCGUCAACGACUACUUCCAGCGUGUUGAGCGACUGAACGGCGGGACGCUUGAUAGUUUGAAUCAGAUGCGGAAACAUGAUGAAUUGAUUCGAUGUUUGAUGGCUAUGGCGAGGAGUGGGAAUGAAAUUGGGGAUAUUGACGCGGAUGUGCAGAUUGCGCUUGCGGUUUUGCUUAAUACGAGCGAGGAGUACCUGAAAGCACAGGAUUGCUUUAAGGCAGCGUUGGCUGUUCGACCUGAUGACUGGCAACUUUACAACCGAGUGGGCGCGACACUUGCGAAUAGCGGAUUAUCCGAAGAUGCGUUCCAAUAUUAUUAUCGCGCUCUUGAGUUGAAUCCCGCAUACAUCCGAGCACGCUUCAACCUUGGUAUCUCCUGUAUGAACAUGAGGAGAUACGAAGAAGCCGCGCAAUUCAUCCUCGACGCCCUAAUCAUGCAAGACAGCGAUGGUUCAGUUCAUGCAGGAGAUGACAAACGAGGGAUCACGUCGACUGCACUUUGGGAUAGCCUAAGAACCUCGUGUAUUCAUCUACAACGUAUGGACUUGGCAGACUUGUGUGAGCGGAAGGAUCUCGAUGGUAUGUUUAUUUGCUUCUAUAUUGUCCUCGAGUUGUUUGAUGCUGAAGAAACAUAUUGUUUUUACAGGCUUUCGUCGUGA